UUUUCACUAAAUAAUACAGUAUACACCACUUAUUAGUGGUGCAUUUUAUUUUGCAGAAUAUAAAUGUAACAACCGUGUCUUCUUACUCCCUGGUCUAUGGCGCCUGUCCCGAGCCUAUUUGACGAUACCAAGACGCGCUUUGCACUUGCUUACGCUAUCAGCCCUCACAAUGGAUACCCUCCAGCAAAUCCCCCGUAAGCGGCUUAGCUCAAUAGUGGCGCCAAGUCCAAGGCUAAACCGGUAUCUCACUGACCUUCUUCACGCUGAUGUCCAUUUUGCACAUCUCAUCUUCUCCAGUCCCAGGCGGCAGGUCGAGGUGCUCAAGACGAUUGUUAGCCAGGCCUCCGACGCUGUAUUAGUGUUUGAUUGUGGUUAUUCGUGGCAGUCUCCUUCUGAAACGGUGGUGUUCAGGGGAACGGAGACCCUCGGCCAAUUGGUUGAGGCCCUAUCUAUAGAAAGUGUUUGCGCCACCCUCGCACAUGUCUCCCAUCACUCACUAGAAACAAUCGUGGUGGAUAACCUAUCGGUUUUCAAGUUCCAAGAGCAUGGAGAAAGACUAUAUCCUGCGUUGGUGGACGCUUUACAAGUGUUACAUGGCUACUUUGGGUGCACCAUUAUCUGCACUAGCUGGGACGCUAGUUUUGACGAGGGGUACAAGAUGAUCCCCACCCGCGCCUUCAAGUACACCGAAAGGGUUGAGAAAAAGCGAGAGGUGCACAUCUGGCAGAAGUUUUCCCAGCUACCGGCUUCUGUGUUGUGUCGGUUCGAUGCGAUUCUCGCCUUCCACGGCACGGAAUGUGAGGGGUUAUUAUGUAAAGCACCGCGGCCUGAAUGGAAAAUGCUAUGAUUUCCACGAGUAAGGAGAGCUCCAUGUUUGCUUAACGCUCCCAGGAGGAUAUUAUUCGCUGGAAGGGACGAAAUGAUAUACAUGGUUAACGUGCAUCCGGCUUCAAGUACCCCACGCAUAACUAUGACACUUAAAUUUGCUCCUUUGGUCUAAUAACUAACCCAGAUGCCUUCACCUUUGCAUUUGCCGUUCCUCAGAUGGUCUUGGGCUAACUCCCCUAUCAAAUGCUACCUCUAGGGCAUGUCCCACCGCAUACUGGUAAAAGUAUGGGACUGAGGUUUUUAUACUUUCAAUAAAUACCCUCAGUGAGGUCAGUACCCCCUCGGCUAUACGUUCAACAAUUCUAUUUAACACCUCACGUCCCUGUAAAUAACUACCGAAAAUGCAUGUUUGCCUAUGGCCGGCCAAAACCC